AUGUCUGAUUCAACAAAGGAAGAUUCAUUCAACAAACUGGAUGAGCACGAGAGUUUGUCGUCCCUGACAAUGGGGGCUUAUGAAGGAUUCGAUGCUCAAGGGGUGCAAAAUUUGGCUAGAACGUAUACCUAUGAGGAUGCGACAUCCGCAGAAGGAUUAUCACGGUACCUAACUCACAUGUCUCAAGUUCCAGGAGUUAAUCCAAUCACGGGAGAAGUUGAAGACGAGAGACUUGAUCCAAAUUCAGACAAUUUUGAUGCCAAAUUCUGGGUCAAAAAUCAGAGAAAGUUGUUCGAAAAGGAAAGAGAUUAUUAUAAACCUUCAAGUUUGGGAGUUGCGUAUCGUGAUUUGCGAGCCCAUGGAGUUGCUAAUGACACAGAUUAUCAACCAACUGUUUCAAAUGCCUUAUGGAAGUUAACAACGGAAGCAUUUAGUUAUGUGAGUAAGGAUAAUGAACGCCAUCAGUUCAACAUUCUUAAAAACAUGGACGGAAUUGUGAGGCCAGGCGAGCUUACUGUUGUAUUGGGUAGACCAGGUGCUGGUUGUUCCACCUUGUUGAAGACAAUUGCUGUCAACACGUAUGGUUUUCACAUUGGCAAAGAGUCAAAGAUCACCUACGAUGGAUUGACACCAAAAGAGAUUGCCAAACACUACCGAGGCGAUGUCAUCUACUCUGCUGAAACUGAUGUCCACUUCCCACACUUGUAUGUAGGUGAUACUUUGCAAUUUGCAGCCAGGAUGAGAACACCACAAAAUAGAGGUGAGAAUGUGGAUAGAGAAAAGUAUGCUGAGCACAUGGCUGAUGUGUACAUGGCCACUUAUGGUUUGUUACACACUAGAUACACCAAUGUCGGUAAUGACUUUGUCAGAGGUGUUUCAGGUGGGGAAAGAAAAAGAGUGUCAAUUGCAGAAGCAUCAUUGAAUGGAUCCAACAUUCAAUGUUGGGAUAAUGCCACCAGAGGUUUGGAUUCGGCUACCGCAUUGGAGUUUAUCAAAGCAUUGAAGACGUCAGCAACGAUUUUGGAAAUCACACCACUUAUUGCGAUCUACCAAUGUUCACAAGAUGCUUAUAACCAUUUCGACAAGGUUGUUGUAUUGUACGAAGGGUAUCAAAUCUUCUUUGGUCGCGCUGAUAAAGCCAAAGAAUUUUUCGUCAACAUGGGGUGGGAUUGUCCUCAAAGACAAACCACUGCCGAUUUCUUAACAUCAUUGACAAACCCAGCAGAGAGAAAAGCUCGCCCGGGAUUUGAAAAUAAAGUUCCUCGUACGGCUGAAGAGUUUGAAGCAAGAUGGAAGAGCUCCCCUGAAUAUGCCGCAUUGAUCAAAGAAAUUGACGAAUACUUUGUUGAUUGUGAAAAGCUCAACACGAAACAGAAUUUCAAAGAGUCCCAUAUUGCCAAACAGUCCAAUCAUGUUAGACCAGGGUCGCCGUACACAGUAUCGUUCUACAUGCAAGUGAAGUAUUUGAUGUAUAGAAACUGGCUUUUAACCAAAGGUGAACCCUCGGUGACAAUAUUCACAAUUGUGGGGCAAUUCGUUAUGGGUCUCAUUCUUUGCUCAGUGUUCUACAAUUUGCAACAAGAUACAGGGUCGUUUUACUACAGAGGUGCCGCUAUGUUCUAUGCAGUCUUGUACAAUGCAUUUUCAUCGCUUUUGGAGAUUUUAGCCCUUUUUGAUUCGAGACCAAUUAUUGAAAAGCACAAAAAGUAUGCUUUAUACCGACCAUCAGCUGAAGCGUUUGCAAGUAUCAUAACACAACUACCAGUAAAACUCUUGUCAUCCAUGUCAUUCAAUUUUGUGUUCUACUUUAUGGUGAAUUUCAGAAGAAACCCAGGACGUUUCUUUUUUUACUGGUUGAUUUGCUUUUGGUGUACUUUGGUCAUGUCACAUAUCUUUAGAUCUAUCGGGGCCAUUUCCAAAUCUAUAUCAUCCUCAAUGACCCCGGCAACGACAAUUUUGUUGGCAAUGGUUAUCUACACUGGAUUUGUCAUCCCCACCCCGAAAAUGUUGGGUUGGUCAAGAUGGAUCAAUUAUAUUAACCCUAUUGGAUAUGUAUUUGAGUCACUUAUGUGCAAUGAGUUUCAUGAUCGAGAGUUUAGAUGCACCGAGUUUGUGCCUUCCGGUUCCGGUUACGACAAUUUACCCGAUGUGAAUAAGAUAUGCUCGACGGUGGGAUCUAAGCCGGGAAGCCAUAUUGUCAAUGGAUCCGAUUAUAUCAGAGUUGCUUACAGUUACUACAACUCACACAAGUGGAGAAAUUUUGGGAUCACAGUUGGGUUUGCCGUUUUUUUCUUUUUCCUUUACAUUGGAUUGACUGAGGUUAACAAAGGUGCCAUGCAAAAGGGUGAAAUUGUCUUGUUUUUGAGGAGCUCCUUAAAGAAAAUCAAAAGACAAAAACUGUCUGACCCAGAAUCUGGUGCAAAUGAGAAGCUCCCCUACCAAGAGGAAGCCGAGAAGAAUGCAGGCGAGUCCAAACUCUCAAGUAACAAUGAAAUUUUCUUGUGGAGAGAUUUGACCUAUCAAGUUAAAAUCAAAACCGAGGAUAGAGUGAUUUUGAAUCAUGUUGAUGGAUGGGUGAAACCGGGGCAAAUAACAGCAUUGAUGGGAGCAUCUGGUGCCGGUAAGACAACAUUGUUGAAUUGUUUGUCCGAGAGACUCACAACAGGAGUCAUUACCGAUGGUGUUAGGAUGGUAAACGGUCACUCUCUCGACUCAUCCUUCCGAAGAAGCAUUGGCUAUGCUCAACAACAAGACAUUCACCUUCCUACGUCAACAGUACGUGAGGCACUUCAAUUUUCUGCCUACUUGAGACAAUCAAACAAGAUACCCAAAAGUGAAAAGGAUGCAUAUGUUGACUAUAUCAUAGACUUGUUGGAAAUGUCAAACUAUGCUGAUGCCUUGGUUGGGGUUGCUGGAGAAGGAUUGAAUGUCGAGCAGAGAAAGAGGUUAACAAUUGGUGUUGAGUUGGUUGCCAAGCCCAAGUUGUUGUUAUUCCUUGAUGAACCAACUUCAGGAUUGGACUCGCAAACAGCAUGGGCUAUUUGUAAAUUGUUGAGAAAAUUGGCAGACCACGGACAAGCUAUUUUGUGUACUAUCCAUCAACCCUCGGCGUUGUUGAUGCAAGAGUUUGACAGGUUGUUGUUUUUACAAAAGGGUGGGCAAACUGUGUAUUUCGGUGACUUGGGCAAGGAUUUCAAAACCUUGAUUAGCUAUUUUGAGAGAAAUGGAGCUGAUCCGUGCCCCAAAGAGGCAAACCCGGCCGAUUGGAUGUUGCAAGUUGUUGGUGCUGCUCCUGGAUCACAUGCCAAAUUUGACUAUUUUGAGGUUUGGAAAAACUCUCGCGAGUACGCUGAAGUGCAAAAGGAGCUUGAUACUAUGGUGGAGGAGCUAUCAAAACUUCCUCGUGAUGAAGACCCAGAAACAAAGUUUAAAUAUGCAGCGCCAUUGUGGAAGCAAUAUCUCCUAGCCACGCAAAGGGCAAUGGUGCAAAAUUGGAGAUCACCGGGAUUCAUUUAUGCCAAAUUUAUUUUGGUUGUUUUGGCGUCUUUGUUUAAUGGAUUCUCUUUUUUCAAGGCUGAUAAGUCGAUUCAAGGGUUACAAAAUCAAAUGUUUUCAGUGUUUCUUUUCUUUGUCCCGUUCAAUACUCUUAUUGAGCAAUUGCUUCCGCAAUACGUGAAGCAAAGAGAAGUCUAUGAAGUUAGAGAGGCACCUUCUAGAACUUUCAACUGGUUUGCAUUCAUUAUGGCGCAGAUUACUGCUGAGUUUCCCCCACAGAUUUUGGUUGGUACAAUGGCAUACUUUUGUUGGUAUUACCCAAUCGGUCUCUAUGCCAAUGCUGAGCCCACACAUGCUGUCAAGGAACGUGGUGCAUUGAUGUGGUUAUUUAUCAAUUCAUUCUUUAUUUACACGAGUACCAUGGGUUUCAUGUGUAUCUCAUUUCUUGAGUUGGCCGAUAAUGCUGCAAAUCUUGCCACGAUAUUGUUUACAAUGUGUUUGAAUUUCUGUGGUGUUCUCAAGCCAGGUGACAAGCUUCCUCGAUUUUGGAUAUUCAUGUAUCGAGCCAAUCCUUUCACUUACAUGGUGCAGGGGAUAUUAAGCACAGCUUUGGCAAACUCUAAUGUUAUAUGUAGCAAGGCAGAAUUAUUGGAUUUGAAUCCACCUCCCGGUUACUCAUGCCAUGAUUUUUUACAACCAUACGUUGACUCGGUUGGUGGUUACAUCUUGGAUGGAAAGAAUGGUUGCCAGUUAUGUCCAAUGAGCUCAACAAACACCUUUUUGGAUUCAAUUGACGCGAGCUAUAGUGAAAGAUGGAGAAAUUUUGGAUUGGUGAUUGCAUUUAUUGCAAUCAACAUCGUCUUCACUGGCUUCUUUUACUGGUUGGCAAGAGUGCCCAAGGGAGAUCGUCAAAAGAUCAAGAAAAAAGUAGAGUAG